GGGAGUUCCUAUCUGUAGGUUUCUAGGUGUCAGGUAGAGUUGAGGAAAUGCAAAGGAGGGGCCACUCUUUGUCUUUCUGAAGCUUGGAGGCCCCACCCCUAGGUCUGAGGGUAAAGCCCCUUGGGCAGAAAGGCCGGAGAGGCUAGGGAGCUUAAGAGAAACCAGGAAGAAAAGCUACACCCCAGGUGCUCCUCCUCCAGCAGCACCUGCCACUUCUUGUUCCCUGGGCUCACUCUCACCAGGGCAGCCGUCCUGGGAGCAGCAGCAGCAGCUACAUCUGCACCAGCCUCGGCUGGAGCCCUGUUUUGUUUGGCUGUUGCCUCUCGCCCCUGGUUUUCCCCUGCCUUCCCUUUCCGGCCUGACCCCAGAGUACUCUCUGUCCCUGGAUCCUGCCCCUGAUGGCCACAGACGGGCCGGGGCAGUUCCGGCUUGAAACCGGCUGCCAUCUAUUCCUGCUGACCCUCCUGGUCUUGAGUUUUUCCUGUGAAGCCUGCAAAAGAGUGACACUUAAUGUUCCUUCUACACUAGAGGCUGAGACUUUUGUUGGUAGAGUUAAUCUAGAUGAGUGUCUUCCAUCUGCAAACAUAAUCCGUUCAAGUGAUCCUCACUUCAGAAUUCUUGAAGAUGGCUCAGUGUACACAACCAGUACAGUUGUAUUGUCUUCUGAAAAGAAAGUUUUUACCAUUCUACUUUUCAACAGAGAGAAAAAAGAACAGAAGCAUAUAGUUGUCCUGCUAGAACAUCACAAGAAGGCACUGAAGAAAAGACAUUUGAGUGAAGCAAUCCUUAGGCGUGCCAAGAGAAGAUGGGCACCUAUCCCUUGUUCUUUGAUGGAGAACUCUUUGGGUCCUUUCCCCAUGCUUCUUCAACAGGUCCAGUCUGACUCAGCACAGAAUUACACAGUCUAUUAUUCAAUAAGAGGACCUGGAGUUGAUCAAGAACCUAUAAAUUUGUUUUACAUAGAGAGAGAUACUGGUCACCUCUAUGUUACUCGUCCUGUAGAUCGUGAGCAAUGUGAAUCUUAUGCGUUAGUUGCCUUUGCAUCAACUCCAGAUGGUUAUUCUGUAGACCUUCCACUUCCACUCGAAAUCAAAAUUGAAGAUGAAAAUGACAAUGCCCCAGUUUUCACUGAAGACCCUUGUGAAUUAGAAAUUGAUGAAAAUUGUGGAGUUGGUACAACAGUGGGCCAAGUCUGUGCCACAGAUGCGGAUGAACCUGACACAAUGCAUACUCGUCUGAGGUAUACCAUUAUAGAGCAACAGCCAGCAACACCUUCAUUAUUUUCUAUACACCCAUCCACAGGUGUGAUCACCACCACAUCUUCUCGGUGUGACAGAGAGGUCAUGGACAAAUACUGUUUGACAGUAAAAGUACAAGACAUGGAUGGUCAGUAUUUUGGUCUGUGGACUAAGUCAACUUGCACAAUUACACUUCGAGACGUGAAUGACAACCUGCCAGUUUUUCAGAGAAGCUCUUAUAUAACAGAAGUAGAGGAAAAUAAAAACAAUGUGGAAAUACUUCGACUAGGUGUAGAAGAUAAAGAUUUGAUUAACACUCCUAAUUGGAGAGCUAAUUACACCAUUUUAAAGGGUAAUGAAAAAGGAAAUUUCCGCAUUGAGACAGACCCCAAAACCAAUGAAGGAAUUCUCUAUGUUGUUGAGGGACUGAAUUAUGAAGAAGCCCGCCAAGUGGUCCUGCAAAUUGGUGUAACUAAUCAGGUUCCAUUUUGUGGACCUGGUGGUUCAAAGACUCCAAGCAUAAGCACAACUACAGUUACUGUUAAUGUUAAAAACCAAGAUGAAGGGCCUGAAUGCAGCCCUCGAAUGCAAGUUAUUCAUGUGAAAGAAAACAUAGGACUGGGGACACAGGUCGAUGGUUACAAAGCCUAUGACCCAGAAAUUAGAAAUAAUAAUGCCAUGAGAUAUAAAGCAUUAACUGAUCUGCGAGGAUUAUUCACAAUUGAUGAAGAAUCUGGUAGAAUCAAAAUCCUUAGAAGUUUAGAUAGAGAGUCAAAUACCUUCAAAAACAAAAUGCACAACAUUACACUACGGGUAUCAGAUAGAGAUGGUAGAUCAUGUACUGGUACCCUGGGGAUUGUCGUUGAUGAUGUGAAUGAUAACGGUCCAUCCAUACCACGAAAUACAGUGAUAGUCUGCAAAAAUCGAAUGGGCUCAGCAGAAAUCGUUGCUGUGGAUCCCGAUGAACCAACCAAUGGUCCACCUUUUGAAUUCUCCCUGGAAGAUCGAUUUGGACGGGAUGAUACAAUGUGGAGACUUAGCAGAAUUAAUGAUACUGCUACCCGUUUAUCCUUCCGUAAUGAUCCUGCAUUUGGGACAUAUGAAGUACCUAUCAUAGUUAGAGAUAGACUUGGCAUGUCUAGAUCCAAUUUAUUAAAUGUUAAUUUAUGUGACUGUAUUACUCCAAAUGAAUGUACAAGUCGUACAGCUACAGUGCGUGGUGCAAAAGAUGUAAGCCUUGGAAAGUGGGCCAUCCUUGCCAUGAUCCUGGGUGCAGCAUUACUGUCUUGUAUCCUAUUUACAUUAGUUUGUGGAGGUGCUGGUUCCUCCCCUGAAAAAAAAACUUUCCCUGAUGAUCUAGCUCAGCAGAACCUUAUUGUAUCAAACACUGAAGCUCCUGGAGAUGACAGAGUGUAUUGCACAAAUGGAUUGACAACCCAGAAUAUGAACACAGGUUGCCUAUUGGCAUCAGGUGCAAAAAAUGGGCAAGAAUGCUUUGAAAUGAUGAAAGGAGGACAUCAGACUUUGGAAUCCUGUCGAGGAGGAGGACAUCAUACUCUGGAUUCAUGCAGGGGAGGACACCACACCAUGGAUUCUUGUAGGGGAGGACAAGUUGAGAUGGACAACUGUAGAUAUUCUGAAUGGCAAAAUUUUACUCAAACCCAUCUUGGUGAAAAGGUGCAACUGUGUAAUCAGAAUGAAGAUAAGACCCAUGCUCAAGACUACGUCCUUACAUAUAACUAUGAAGGAAGAGGCUCUGCAGCUGGUUCUGUAGGAUGUUGCAGUGAGCACCAUGAAGAAGAAGGGCUUGAAUUUUUAGAUCAGCUGGAACCCAAAUUUAGGACUCUAGCAGAAGCAUGCAUGAAGAGAUAACUGUCUUUUUAACAGUUCAAUCCUGGGACAUGGAGUGGAGUUGUGUUUUUUUGUUUUUGUUUUUUGGAGAAUUCCAAGCUGGGAUAUUUUAAAACUUGAAUACAACAUAUUGUAGGUUUUUAUUCUUUAUUUGAGAGAAGCUGUUUGGCCAAAAUGCAUAUUCAUAUCUUAAAUUAAGCAUAAACACUUACCUAUGGUCACACUAAAACAAAAAGUUACCUGUCUUCCUUAGAAUUGAUUCACAGAUAGAAAAGUGAAUGAAUUCUUUACUAUUAGACAGUAAAAGCACUUGGCAAUUUGUAAAAUUUUACUAGCAGUAUUAUAAUAUGGUCACAUUUUGCUAGUUCAUGAAUGAGUAUUCUGCAUUAGUGAAAGUCUAGUAUUUUUAAGUACUACAAUUUUAUUAUUAUCAGGCACUUAAAAUACAAAAUUUAGACUAGGUAAAACUCUUUUUAGAGGCCCCACUCUUAAUGUUCACUUAGCUUAUCAAAUGUGUUCAGCAUUGGUAAUGCUUAAAAAGUUUUCUUUAUUAUUUUAAAUAGUUUUUUGAAGUCUUGAUAACAAUUUGUUUAGCAGACCCAUUUUGUGCAGUGCAAAGAUAAGCUUCAGUUGAAGGACUAUGUAUCUAAAUGAUUACUUAUGUACAAGUUUAAUGGAGUCCAGGUAUCUGAUGAUUGAUAGGAGAAAAAAUCAUCAGCACUGGAUCUACAUUUCAUUUUUCACCUGUCACAGAAAUGUAGACUUCAAAUAUAUUUUAGAAAAUAUGUGCAUGUUUGUUCUUGCAGUAUUUUUUCUUUUAUAUAAUCUUUAUAUCUUUAAUGCUAUACUUUAUUUAAAAUAUUUAGCCUAAAAAUAGAUAUAAUAUGGGCUAGAGGAACCAAAAACUUCUUAAAAUCUCCCCCCCAAUACCUCCCCCCUUUGCCCUCUGAACUACUUUUGUUUUAUGGAAAGCUGUGUCUUCUUGAUGUUAUGGAAAUAUGUUAUUAUAAAUGUCUCAAAUGCCUCUGGUGACUGUUUUGCUAUGUCUUUUAGAGUCUUUAAUUUUGCUAUUAAAACUAUAGAAAUAAAAUUUACUCUAUUCUUUCAG